UGCUUGAAUCGAAACCAUGCCUUCAACGAACACCAGACGCACCACGAGUGACAACCCCUCAUCGUAAGUUUAGCAGACUUUACUACGUCUGUCUUUCCUUCUUCUAAAGCCUAUUCAAUAAUUCAUAUGACUGACUUCAUCGUCUCAGACACUUGUCAGACCAGCAGACCGCCGCCAGCAAUGUCGAGCAUCGCUCACGCUCUACCAUCUCUCGAUAUGAUUCCGCCUCGCCAACUUCUCGCUUGACUUCCGUGGCCAAUAGUGCAUCAUCAUCCACAUUGCUUGCGAACCAGGCCAUGCAUCGACAUGAGCUCGGUCAGACAGCACUUCGUCACAACCCUGCGGCCUAUAUCCAGACCCAACAGGAGUAUGACAUGCAUCUCGAGACUGCGAUUGACGCCCCGGGUGCUCAGAGUCUACUCCCCACUCGUGACCGAAUCACCCAAUAUCUAAUGGGACUUCCGGGAAUCGAUCGAUUCCAAACCUUAGCCGACUCUCCCUACCACCAGCACAACAGCGACUUUGCGGUUCAAGCUCCAUCCAGUAACGGCUCCGUGGCAUCUACCACGCCCCAUAAAGCCCCCUGCAGCACUUGUUCAACCCGGGAUCCUCACAGCUCUGUGGACGCGAACGGGGAUGCGGAUCCACAAGAUCCUUGUCAAGGAUCACUGCAGUCUUCGGGAACAGUAGAAGAUCUUGCUGGAUGGGGUGAAGGGCUCGCUGGCGUCGGCACACAGUUUGAACUGCAAGAGUAUCCGGAAUAUGGCAGGCAAUUGCGCGUGAAUAGCAGUAUAUGAAUAAUGAGAUGCUUGUAGAAGGAGUCACGUGAGACAUACCACUUGGGAGAUUUACUCUACCUAGAGCAGUGCAAUAAAAGGGCUGGAUAUUUUAUGAAAACUUGAAAUACGAAAACACACGCUGGCGCUUAUUUGGGAGAAAGAA